GUCGUUUAGUUGCCGACUGCCAUGUCAGCUUGCAGCACGUUCGCUUAGCAUCAUUAUAGCACCAAUUAUUAACAUGGCUGAUCACGCUGAUAGUACUGAACCGAAAUCAGUCGAAAUAACAAUCCGCCUAGCGCGCCCUGAAGACAUGAAGAUUGUCCAUGAAAUGAUACAAGAAUUGGCUGUAUAUGAAGGAGUUCCCGAUGGUCCCAAACUAACAGUGGGGGACCUGGUGGAAGAUGGUUUCAACAGUAAACACCCCUGGUUUUUCGUGCUGUUGGCCGAGAAAGGCAACGUAGUGCUGGGUUCAGCGUUAUGCAACCGCGCGUAUUCAAGCUGGUCUCGCCGCGCCUUUUACAUCGAGGAUCUCUUCGUGCGGCCCGCGGCGCGUCGCCAAGGCAUCGGUCUUAUGCUCAUGCGGGAGCUCAGUCGGAGGGCGGUGAUCGAAGGCGUGAACCGUAUAGACUGGCAUGUGUUGAAGAGCAACACCACCGCGUUAGCAUUCUACAACCGACUGGGUGCGCGCGAUCUGCGCGUCACCGAGGGUCGUACGGCGCUGCGCCUGGACCGCGACUGCAUCGAGGUUCUCGCUUCAGGAAGCUAAAAUACCUAUUAAUAAUACGAUAAUAAUUUCACUACGAGACAGAGUUCUUGGCCAAGUUCUUCCGAGAUGUGGGUAUAUACUUAUCAGCGGGUAUGGAGGAAGGCAGACCUUAUCGGCCCUGACUACCAUGUUGGUGUCUUAUAUUAAUCGGAAACUAUUUUUGGGCCCAAAGCAAGUUGGCUCAUUUUCCCUUUUCUGUUAUUUUUAUUACUUACAUACAGUAUGCAGCAUAAAGGAUAACUCACGCUAGACCGACCGGACCCGGGCCGAUGCGUCCGACAUGUCAUUUACUAUGACGGCUGAUCGGUGAUCACGUGGUGUUUUCCAUAGCGGCGAAGUAUAUAUACGGCGGAAGCUCCGGCCCGGACCCGGCCCGGUCUAGCGUAAAUCAUCCUUAAGUUUACAAGCGGCGAAGUAUUCAAAAUGAACUGUACCCAACUUUAUUUUUAUAAGAAUGAGGGUGUGCAAAUCAUUUUCAGCACCUCACCGAUAAUAACGCAUAUAAGUAAUACCCUUACCGCUGCUACCCUAUUAAAGUCGCCCGCGUUCUAGAUAUAUCGUAAUAAACCGAUGCCUGUUGAUGGCUUGUUCUUAGCUUUCUGAACUCUUUUAAACUGAUUGGUUGAACUUAUAAUACAAUGCUUAUUUACGAAAAUAGGAUGUCCGUUACGCCAAAACACAUGAGUGUGGUUUUAAGAGGGACGUCACUUGCGCCCCAUUUGCAAUGUAUACUUUAUUAGCAAUAACCGCGAUAGUUACUCAUGAAAUAAAACUAUGAAAACGGAUUAUAUCGCGUAUAUUGAAUUUAUAAUACAUCCCGACGUUUCGAACCCGUUGACCACGAACGCUGUAAAGGGUUCGAAACGUCGGGAUGUAUUAUAAAUUCAAUAUACGCGAUAUAAUCCGUUUUCAUAGUUUUAUUUCAUAAAAGAUAUAUUUAUUGUCUUCGGUUACCGCGAUAGUUACUCAUGAAAUAAAACUAUGAAACUAUAUAUUUAUUGUUCAGUAUUUUUUUCUUAUUUCUGUUAUUUUCGAUACUUAAUGUGGAACAGAUCAUCGUUUAUAACGCCAUAAAACCAAUGACUAUUCAGUAUAAUUUUUAGUUUAGUAGGUAAUGCAUUUGUUUAUUUCUUUAUUUAACUUCAACAAAAUCACUGCUGUCAGUGCUAUCUUACCGUCUAUAUCAAUUUACAAUAUCUCUCAUAUCUCAUCAAUCAAUCAAUCUCGGUCUCGAUUUUUACAUAAUGAUGUAAACUAGUAUAGUAAUUUAAAUACUAAAACUUUUCUUUUUUAAUUAUUUUUUUUUAUUCUAACUAUUGGCAACCAAAUCAAUAAAAUGUAAUCUAUUUGUAGAAUGACCAUUGUUUUUAGUAUGGAAAUAGAAAGCGUUUAAGCGUUUUUUUGUUUGAAGUUCUUAUCAUAUCAUAUAAGAUAAUAAAUUAUACUUAUAAUAAUAGUAGUCUUGUUAUUUCAUAGAUGAUUUAUGACAUAACUGGGUAGUAAACAAUAUACUUAAGUAAUAUUCAAAGGUCCCACGGUAUAUACGCGAUAAAGCAACCCCGGCUCCAACGUUACACCUCUGACCUGAGAAGCCCUGAAAUUUAGGAGGGAAUUAAAUCUUCUUCUCUAUACCUAAUACUAAUUAGGUACCUUUUUAUUCAGAUAUAUAAUUAUAUAUUAAAAGGCGGCAUCGUCAUUUAUCGGUCCUCACAUCACUACGACAACCGGAUUGAACAUCACUAGGAGUGUCCUCCAUUUUUGUAGAUCGGUUUUAGGGCGUUGUAUCGCUCCACGUACUAUCCAAGACUAAACUCUCAUAUUUUGUGAUUCCUAAUAAAUAUUUGUUAUAAUGGUGCUUUGGUGUUUUUACUCUUACAGCUUCAGAAGUGAGAUAAUAAUCUUCGCCUACUACGAUAUAAUUCGUCGGAAAUUGGAAUUACGAAAUUAACCGCGCGUAGUCAUUCCUUGUUUCAUUGUUAUGAACGUUAUCGUUAUACAUAUAACAGAAUUAAUCUGAUUGUAAUGAGUAAAUGCACCAACACCACUCAUCAGUUAAGGACUAUUAAAGGAUUAAACGAACUUACCUGAAGUGAAGUACUAUCCUGAUUAUAUGAAGUAGUUAGUCCGUGGUAAAUUAUUGUAGUUGUCCCAGUUCUGCCUUAGAACGUCGCGAAUUUUAUAGCUAUUUCUGAAAAAGAAAACCUCCGCCGCUGGCAACACCCUAAAUGUCACUGUACUGACAUUUAGGGUGUUGUCAACUUCUUCCCUCUUGAUUUAGCUGCUAAAUCAAGAGGGAAGAAGUUAACAAAUUUAAUGUUAACUUGGGAGGGAGGAAAACUCCUACCACGGACUAAGUACUUCAUAUAAUUAGGAUAGAACUUCACUUCAGGUAAGUUCGUUUAAUCCUGUAAUUAUAUUUGUAAUUAGUCCGUGGUAAAUUAUUGUAGAUGUUUAGAGAAUUUAACAUCAAUGAGUAACUUGUAAUGAUAUACAGUUUAGACUAGCAUCAGGAACAUCCUUGUGUACAUAUUAAUAAUAUAUAAUUAAAAUUAAUGAGACUACACAGUUGAAAAACAAGUGAAAGCUUAUUAUUAACAAAUUUAUAGAACUGCGUUAUGGAAUUAAUAACAGACCUAAGGAUAGUUUUCGAAAUAUCCCAUCAUCAUUAUCAUUCGCGACUCAUGAGUCUACUUUGAAAUAUUUGUAACUAUCAGUAAACGUCUAAUUAGCAUUAUAAAAAUGAUAAUGAUUUAGGCAUAAUAUGUAUGAGCAAACAAUGAUAUAGUACUACAUCUUUCAGUGACCUAGUUGAAAUUCAUUGUUCUCUUUAGGCUCUAGAGAGGUACCUCGCUAUUACAGACAUAAUGUCUGUUAGAUUAGUCAAAACAAAUUAUCAUGAGUUAUCUAAAUAAUUUGUGUGUCCAUACUAAAAGCAAAUAAGCUUGUAAUUUAUUCUAGUUCCGGAAUAAUCAAAUCAACCACACAAUAUUUAUUUAAUAAUAAUAAUAUAUAGUUGGGUACGUAGGAGGUACAUCGCAAGUUAUGUACUCGUAUUUAAAUAAACUACUAUUUGUUUUUAUCAUUGAAGCCGAUGUGCGCCUUGAAUAAUAAUAAUUAUUAUUUAUUAGAUAAAAGCUGCACUCUUAUUGUUGUUGAAGUAAGUCAUACUGCUUCAUUCACUCUCUCUCAUUUUAAAUAUUUACCUACCGAAUUAUACUUAUGUGUAAGAAAUUACAUCUUAUUCAAUAAGCUUGCACCAUUUAUAUCUGUCACUGUUACUAGUGUAACUGUUGACCAGACUAAUGCAAUGGUAAAAUAAAAACAUUAACAUUAUUAUAUAUGUAUGGAUGUUACGUCAAAGUCUCGUUGAACUUUCAAAUCGAUCCCGAUUUAAUUUUUGUUUAUAUACAAGUAAAGUAAAUAAAUUGAGAAAAAUGUUGUGAAUGUAACUAAUUACAAAUAAGGUGGAGAGAUCCAUGGAAUAAUCAACUCUUUCAUUGCGAUAUAACGCGAUACCUAACGCGAAAAAUCGAUUGCCGUUGUACUUAUUAAUCCGUACGGAUCUAACAAGCUGAGAGCUAAAACAAAGCAUGUCUAGUAGCGUGUGCGGCGACAGAAUAAAGAAUUACCCCAGCCUAUGGUCGACUAUGAAGUAGUUACAGAUAUGUAUUGAAAGUUAACAAAAAUGAAAUAAAGUAUAAGUCUAUCAUAAUUAACCCCUUUUAACGGGGGCAUACAUUAUUUAAAAUUGUAAGUAUAUUGUAAUAAAUCUUAAAAUAUAUUCACUCAGCCUUGUAAGUCUGACGCCAUAAUUAAAUAAGUAUAUAAGUAAAUAAAUCUUUCCUCUCCUCCUAUAGGGUAGGUAUAGAGAAAAUUAUGAUACAUGCCUAGGUAACUUUUGUUGUAUGGCAAAUGACUAAAUAUGCCUAGGUCUUAACUUUUGUUAUAUGUAUAAUGCUCUUUUGAAUGCUACCUCUUUAGUCCAUAUAAUCCACCUAUCAGCAAGUCAUUCAGUAGGUAAGUACCUACAUUUUAAAUCUCUUAAUAGUUACAAAAGUAGAGAUCAGUAUGUAUCUCAAUCAAAAUUAUUAUCAAUUUAUAUUGACUAAUAUAUAAUAUAUCUAUAACCCCCAAUCCUUUGGUGGUUACACACAUACCUACUCUUCCAGCUUCUUUUAAAGGCAUGAUGAAGAGUGAAUCACAUUCCUCAAUGUACAGAUGGAACAUGUCUAAGUAUUAUUGUGUUUCCUGCUUUUUGCUUUCAGGGCAUUCAAUCUACAUAUGUAUACAUAGAGCUUGAUUGCAAUUACUUUAUAUCUCAAAUCGCUGGUUAUCCUUAAAUAUUUAGACUAGUUAUAAAAAACUAUUAUCACAAGAGCCAUCAGUUACCAUUAUCAGAACCUGAUUUUUCUAAUAUUCAUAUACAUAAUUUAUGUUUAUGUAUCUAUAUACUAAAUGUUAUUGUUGGUGGUAAACAUAUAAAUACACUUAUAACUAAAUUAGGUAUUUUAUGUGUUUAUUUUAUUUUAUAACCAUCUUAUUUAACACCUAGCCUAAGAAAUACUUAUUUCAUCUCAAAUAAUACAUAUACAUUGGUUUUAUUACAAUAAAAACCAAAAAGCGUAAAAUAAAUAAAAUAAUGUUCUUAAAACGACAAUAAUUAACUUACAUACAAACAUAAAUAUUUAAAAUACACAAUGUCUUUUGUCAAUAACCAAUAAUUAACUACUGCUUAAAGGUCUCGUUUAACUUGCCCCGUGAACAAGUCUGGCAGUCAUGAGUCGAACAAUAGUUAUUUGUGCAACAAGAGAGGAAAGUUGGUUUUUCUUGCGAGCGUAGCGAGGGACUCAAAAACACGAGAUGUAAAAUAACUUUGCUCUCGUGUUGCAGACAUAAUUUUUCACCUCAGUAGUGAGAACAUAUUAAAGGUUAAAAUGUAUUUCGAAUUACACAGAAUAAACAGAAAAAAAAGUAUUAUAAUAUGUACGAUACGAUAAGAUACGAUACGAUACGAUACGAUACGAUACGAUACGAUACGAGACGAGACGAGACGAGACGAGACCGGACCGGACCGGACCGGCCUGGAUCGGACCGGACCGGACCGGACCGGACUGGACCGUACUGUACCGUACCAUAAUAAAAAUGUAAUAAAAGUAUGAAGUUCAUGGCCUUCACUAAAUUAAAAAGCUACAUUGUUUCACUCCCUGGAGUGAGGAAAGUCGCACUUUCCUCACUCCAGGGAAUGACGAAAGUAGGCUUGUUCGAGUUGCUGAGGUGAAAAAAAUAUACCCUCAUAUAUUCCUAUUACUAACCAAUUAAAUCUAAAUCUUACGUUAAGACCAUUAGGGUCGAUUCUUAGUUUUAUUCUUGUAUUUAAUUUUGAUGACCAAUGGAGCAAAACACAGGGUCACGGUAGAUGGGCAGGAUAUACAGUAUGUUGAUGAGUACAUUUACUUGGGCCAGAUAGCCUCCUUCGAAAACAGGCAAACCAUAGAGGUCAAUAGACGUAUUGACAACGCCUGGAAGAGCUUCUGGUCCAUGAAGGCGCUAUUGAAGGGCGACCUUCCCCUGUGUCUCAAGCGCAAACUCAUCGACAUGUGUAUCCUGCCUAUCCUAACCUACGGUGCUCAAACAUGGUCAUUAACUGAGGCGUUAAAGUCCAAACUCAAGGUUUGCCAGCGAGCGAUGGAGCGCAGUAUACUAGGUGUUCGCAGAACUGAUAGAAUCAGAAACACGGAACUGCGCUCCAGAACUCGAAUUGUAGAUGUAGGUGUCCAGACCGCUAAGCUUAAGUGGGACUGGGCUGGGCAUGUCUGCCGCAUGCACCCUGAAAGGUGGGGCAAAAUGGUUACCGAGUGGGACCCACGGAACACCAUAGAUGGUGCUGGCCGGGGUGCAGGCAGGCCGAAAAGGAGAUGGCGGGACGACUUAGACGCAUUUUAUCCGGAUUGGCGGGACACUACAAACGACAGGGUCGAGUGGAGGAAACGAGGGGAGGCCUUUGCCCAGCAGUGGGACACUAAAUUAGGCUAGUAAAAAAAAAAAAAAAAAUUAAUUUUAGUUCACAUGCAAAUGCAAUUGUUUAUUGUUAAACAUUAUCAUAAGUGCUUGCUUAUUGCGUUUUUUGUAAAUAAUUACUUUAAGUUAGCUAUUUAUAAGUUGUCUUAUAAGCGAAAUUUCUGUAAUUUCUUAGGCAAUAAAAUUUCUUUAAA